AUGGGAUGCCUUGUCAGAUAUCCCACCUCCAAACUUCUAGAGGUCGAUGGAAGAGGGAAAAGUGUUCUUCAUUUAGCCGCAAAACAAGGGAAUCAUGAAGUUGUGGAGUAAGGAGUCUAUUUAUUACUAUAUCUCCAUAGUUAUAUACUAAAAGAAGCUCCAGUUCUUCUGGAUUUCCACAAUCAAACACAGGAGACUCCAUUGUUAAUAGCAGCGGCGUUUGGACAUUUCAAACUGGUCGAGAAGUUUCUUCAAGGCCCCCAAACUGAGACGUUGAGAAGAGCAUUGCAUCGUGAUGUGAACGGUACCAGCUGUUUGAUGGCCGCCUUGGCUCGUAAUGAUAAUGACAUUGCGUUAUAUCUGUUGAGAAGAUUUGGCAGGAAACUGGCCACAUUGCCCAACGAGGUGAACAUGAUGCCCAUUCACAUUGCUGCUUCAAAAGGAAACCUUGAAUUUUUGCGCAUUGUAGUCAAAUUUGAUCACACCAUGGUCAAUCAUCAGGAUGUCUAUGGUCAGCCUUGCAAUAAAAUUUCAAAGAAACUUGUAUUUUUUAUUUUAGGUUGUACUCCAUGUGUUUAUGCAGUCCAAGGAGGUAGCUUGGCCAGUUUAAGAUAUCUGGUGGAGAAAGCCAAGGCCAAUAUCGGGUGUCUGACCUCCAAAGGGCAAUCUCUUCUGCAUGUCGCCGCCUUGUCAUCCCAGUUUAACAUGUGUAGAUGGUUGGUCCAAAAAAUGGGAUCACAGGCUAUUCUGUGGCAGACCCUAGACAAUGCCAACACAAUCCAUUGUGCUUCGUGUAGGUGUUUUAUUGAUUAUUACUUCGUCAGCUAAAGUUAUGUUAUGUCAGCAUAAUCUUUAGUCAGUGGAAAUGUGCCAAGUCUGAGAUUACUGAUGGAACCAUGGUCGAAACGAAAAAGAAAAUUGAUCUUAUCGCAACGGGAUUCACGAGGAAAUACACCCUUACAUCUGGCCGUGAUCAACGGCCACUUUAAUUCUGCUCAAUGUCUGGUAGGUCCUCAUGUUUCACAAGAUCCACUUUCAGUUGGAAUUUGGGUCUAACUUAUUUCUGGAGAACAACAAAAAACAAACCCCUCUGGCGGUCGCCCAACUACGAAAUAAUCCCAAGAUGAUUCGCCUUCUCGAGGAACACAUUACCGGUAUGCAUUGUAAAAAAUGAUGUCAUGUUAUUGUAUAGAACAGACACCAUGUUACUUACAGUGACUUAAUGGGAGCUGUUUAUAGCAAAGUAUAUGUUAAGCAUAUUUACGUUUACUUUUCCGUUGUGUUGUUGAUGUUAUUUUUGCAAUUAGAUUGUAGGGAAAAGGAAUUGUCUGGAGGGCCUAAAAUGACUCCGUCCGGCUAGGCCCCGUUUAAUACAUCCAAAAACAAACAUUUCAGAUAAAAGACCCAAAUCCAAAAAGAGCCGGUCUUAUGCUGAUCUGGCAGUGCCCUCGAGCAACGUGAUCGGUGAGAAGAUCGGUUUCAGCAGUUCGGAAUGUGCAUCUUCAGCCAAUGGCCAUCCCUUGAAAAGCGUGGGCUCUUUUCUCCUCAACAUGAAUCUGCAGAAAAUGAACGAAAUCUCGACACAAACCGAUCAGGUACGCGUUUAGACUCCUCAGAGGAAGACAUGAGAAUUUAAAUGUUAUUUGGAGUAACCAUUGGAGUUUGAGGGGGCUCUGAGUCCCCGCAAACGACGGCUAAUUUGGGGGUAAUCCCCGGGAUUAGACAAACUUUAGGCCGUCUUGUUGUGGUCGCAUAUGCAAAUCGAAUUAAUUGGGAUUGUUUUUUUCAGGCCCAGUAUUGGGAUGAGGCCUGGGCGGCGGUGUCGGAGCUGGAUCAGGUCUUGGCCGCGCACUCCCGUUGA